GGUUUUUCCCUCUUCUGUUUUGUCUUGAAGUCUGUUAAGCGUAGAUCAAAGGAUGCAGUCUCAGUCGUUACAUCUGUCUAUUCGUUCAUGCUGACACGUUUAGCCGUUUUCCACUGUCUCAACAAUAAUUCCAGAAGCAGGAAUGUACUCGUGUUUGGAGUUUGAGAUCUUUCUCCCAGCUGCUCAGAACCUUCACCGCGUUGACCCAGAAUGGACUGACCAGUCUACCUUCCCAUUGUAGGGAAGUUUGUCUUAGUUUUUGACUUGUGCAGGGGAGAUAUGUACUUUUCUGUCUUCAUAUUGAUGCUGUUUCUCUCUUGUUCCUUUGUUCACGCCAGAGCCACUCCUGCAGGACGCCUGUCAGGAGGAGCUGUUCUUUACGCAGGGGGCAAACUCCAGUCUGGAGCAGGAAGGACUAGAACCAGAACCUCAGCAGAUCAAAGAAGAACCGGAGGAACCGGAACCGUCGUGGCACCAGGACCAACAGGAGGCACCGCAGCCUUUCCAGAUUGAGGUAGAACUGGAAGAACCCUGCUCCAGUCAGAUGACAGAGAAGCUUGUGCUGAAAGUGGAAAGUGGUGAGCAAAGUAACCUCGGUGAGCCAGAACCGCAUCGCCUCUCUCACGGUUUGGCCGAAGCUGACAGCUGCAAUCUCGAAAACAGCAAACGCAUCCACUUAGGAUCAAUUGGGAAUCCAAACCUGAAGCCCAAUAUGACAUGUCACAGUGACAAGACGGACAACUCUCCAAAAUCUAGAAAGAAACCUGCGAGUGAGGCGGAGAAAAAGUGUUUUAAAUGUGGCGUCUGUGGAAAAUCCUACAGGUAUCUUUCUCAAUUACAGCAGCAUGAAGUCAUCCACACAGCUGAGAGGCCGUUCUCAUGUGAAGCCUGUAGCAAAAGCUUCAGGCAUAAAGUUUCUUUUCUGAUCCACAUCAGAAAUCACACAGGUGAGAUGCCUUUCCUCUGCAACACCUGCGGGAAAAGAUUUACAAACUCAUCGUCACUUAAAAAACACGUCAUGAUUCACACGGGCGAGAAGCCGCACUGCUGCGUAACGUGUGGUAAAAGCUUCAGCGACCGACGGAACCUGCUGCACCACCUCAGGACUCACACGGGCGAGAAGCUUUAUUCCUGCGAAACGUGCGGCAGGCGUUUGAGCUCUCAGUUCAACUUGCUGGUGCACAUGAGAACCCACACAGGUGAGAAGCCAUAUUCCUGUGACACGUGUGGUAAAUGUUUCACCAUACAGAGCAAUCUGUUGGUCCACAAGAGAACACACACAGGUGAGAAGCCGUACGCCUGUGAAACUUGUGGGAAAAGCUUCAGUCAACAGUGCAUUCUGCUGCGCCACAUGAAAAUUCACAAAGAGACGAAGUCAUGAAAGACUGGAGCUGGUGGGUGUGGCUGCGGAGCGGAGUGUGCUGCAGCAACCUUCAUCUGAGUUCAGUAAACUUUUUUUUUUACACUUGAGUCAAAAUGCACAAUAAAUCUAUGUUGAACUUCAAGCUGGUUCCAAAACAAAAGUAUGUUUCUGUCCAGUUGGAAGCAGUAGUGCUCAUUUGUAUCAA